AUGACUUUAUUUGGAUUUGGUCUCAGUAAACUUAGCAAUCAAUCAUUUGUGAUUACUGGGAAUAACACAAAUAGUACAUCUAUUGAACAUACAGGUAAAAUAAUAGCAUUAUAUUGAUUCUGAUAUCAAGUUUUGUAUUAUAAGUAUAACUGUACAUACCACAGACAGACAUUUCUUAAGUAAAUGUAAUAUGCUUUCUAUACAGGUUGGUGUAUUGAUUGGCGACCUUCACAACAUUGGAUGUUUCAAUUGGCUAACAUUCUAUUUUUUGCUUCUUAUUCUGUACCAACCAGCUAUUAUGGAAUAUUGUUUAUGCAUUCAACUCUAAUUGCAGGUAUUCAACUACUUAUUCAAAAAUUAUUUAUUAUAAUUGUAAGAUACUUGUGAAAUAGUAGUUGUUUUAAAGAUAUUUUUUUUCAUAUUAUUUUACAUAUUUAUUAAAACAAUACAAGCUCGGUAUUAUAAAUGUAGUAAAGAUAUAUUGGGAACGAGACUUGAUGGGAUAAUGUCUAUGAAACAAUGCAUCAUCCUAAUUAUAGACAAUUUUUGGUAGUAUUUUAAAGAAAAAGAUGAAGAACGAUAGAAGAUAAGUGAAUUAUUUCUAAGAUAUUUUGAAGGUAUGAAGAAGUAAAAUAAGAUAGUCUUUAUAUACAAGGAGAUUGAAAUGCAAAGAAAAAUUCUUGUCAUUCCUAUGAUCCGAAAAACCACAUGAAAAGUACUUGGUUGCCCAAUAAGACGGUAGUCGUGAUAUGAUGAUUACAAGGUCUGUUGAAGGAAUCAUGUCCAAGGAACUUUUUCAAUUCAUAAAGUUCUAAAUAUUGUUGAUCUUGUUUGUUAGCUAUAUUAAAUGAUGUUAGGCUGUAGGGGAGAGGAAGGAAUAUGGCUUUGUUCUUCUGACUUUUCAAAGUAUAAACAUGUUAAAAAAAUGUUAAAGAAAACAAAGACAAAAUGAAAAAAUUGUUUACCCUUCCAAAAUUUGUUUUCUAGUUAUGAUCUUGAAAUGGUGUGAAAUAAUUAUUAGUUUUUUCUGCUCUAUACAAUUUCCUUGGCCACUAGUUAUUUUUAAAAGUAAUAGGAACUAAAUAUUAUCUGUUUUAGCUAUACAUUGAUUAAUAUAAUAAAACAAGGAAAAUAUUUUAAUGAAAAGCUUCUUGUUUUUAGGUUUCCUUAUAUUAAUUACAUGGGCAUGGAGAAUAGUGUGUGCACCAGAUGUAUUUACUUGGAAUUUACUUUUUCUUAUUAUUAAUAUUCUACAACUAAUUUACCUUAUUUAUCAAAGAAGACCAAUCAAUUUUAAUUCAGAACUUGAACAAGUUUAUCGUAACAUGUUUAAGCCUUUUAAGGUAAACUAUUUUUAUUAUUAACUUUGAGUGACAUUGCAAUGUCAUAUAUACACCCAUAUAUAAAUAAUUGUUUAACUCAAAUGACUUCAGUAUAAUUAUUGAUUAUAAAAACAAAAAAAAAAAUAAUAGGUUACGAGAAUUCAAUUUAAGAAAUUGGUGAGUGAACAAUUUGCUCAAAUUGUAACAUUGCAUGUUGGUGAAGCUUAUGCUAUGCAAAAUAUUACAAAAACUGAUAGACUUGGAUUGCUUUUAACUGGAAGAGCAAAUGUCCUUCAAGAUCAUCAACUUUUACAUCCUAUAGGACAAUGUGAAUUUUUGGAUUCUCCCGAAUUUGAAAGCAGAGGAUCUUCUGAAGACAAAUUUAAAGUAAAAUAAUUAUUAUAUUUUUGUAACUUUUUAAAAACUACCUAUGAUUGUUACAUAUAGAUUAUUUAUACACCUAUACAAUUUUAUGUUUUUAGGUUUCUGUCAUUGCUGCAACAACCUGUCGAUACAUAUUUUGGCAAAGAUCAGCAUUAGAAUAUUUGUUUGUGAAAGAAACAUAUUUAGCCACUGUAUUAGCUACUUUAGUUGCAAAAGAUAUAACUAUCAAACUAUACGCUAUGAAUAAGAAAGUAAAAAAUUUAUAAUUCUUAUUUCUUACUUUCUUUAAAUUAAUAAAUACAUCUUUUUUAUCUAGAUUAUGACUGAAAAAGGAUCAUAUUUAGACAUUAGACUACCAAGUAUUACUCCAGCUUUAGCAUCAAAAGAUUGUAAGCCACCCAUUAUGAAAUCAUUGAAAAAACAAACAGUGAUUUCAUCACAUUGUACAAAAUCAUCUGUACCGGCUGGUAAAUUUAUUUCAUAAAUUUAUUAUUUAUGUUUUUGCAUUCAGUUAAAUCUAUUAUCUUUAUAAUUAUUGAGUUUAAAAGCAUUUGUUAUUUUAAAUAUGAGAAAUUUACAAAAAAAAAAGUAAAUUUAUUGCCACCAUAAAUUAAUAAUUAAUCCUAAUUACUAUAGUGGCAAAAAACAUUUUUUUCUAUUAUGACAAACUUUUCAAGAUGGUGGAGGACAUUUACAAAAGUUUGUAUUUCAGUUAUUCAGUAUUUUUAAGUUUUAAUUCUCCAUACCUAUAAGAAAUAGUAUUUAUACAAAUUUUAAAACCUCAGAGUUUUAUAGUAUGUAUUUUAUUUUAAAUUUCAAUAAAUAUUUAGGAAGUCUAUUUGUAGAUAACUAGAUCUUAAUGGAUUAAUUAUAAAUAUGUGUUAAUAGAUUUAGUUUCAAACUAUAGGUAAACAUAAUAUUAAAGUAUAAAUAUAAUACCUAUUAAAAUAUAGUUUUUGAAAUGUCAAUAAUAGGCAAUAAUAAUAAUAAUAAUAAUGUUAUUUUUUUGUAAUGUCCUUGUAGAAUAUUUGAUUAUAAACAUACAUUUAUUUGAUAGUUUAACAUAUUUAUCGAAUGUUAACAUCUAAAAUACCUAUAGUUAGUUUCGGUUAUAGAUUAUCAUUUAGGUAUUUAAAUAAUAAUAAACAUUAUUAUUGUAUCAUCGAAUAUAUGAGCUACUUAUAAAAUAGUAAAGCUUACACAAAUAUCAAAAUGUUUUUGCUCAAUGUUUGAUUUGUGUGUGACGUAGACAUGGCUAGAGUGACCUUUCAAAAAAAUAGUAGUAUUUUACUCAGAUUAGAAAAAAAAAUUGUUUUCGUUAAAAGCCAUAAACAAUUUUUAAUUUAUAUAGUCCUUAAGGCUUUAAUAUACACAAAUUAUAUACAUAUAUAAUAUGUGUAAAUAUGUUUCUUUUAUAUUCAAAUUUUAAUUUAGAAUUUAUUUUUAUUUAUUCCUGGAUACUAUAAUAGUAAUUAGUUAGAAAUUAGAUUCAAGUUAUGUACUCAGGUGGGCCUGCCAAUGAUGUAAACUAAAAGACAAAAUAUGUUUUGCAUUUUAUUUAAUUUGCACGUCCUUUAACUAAUAGAACUAAUUAUUGUAUUUUUAUAUCAAUUCAAGUUUAUUUAAUAAUAAAAUAGAUAAUUGAUAUUAUUUUACAAAUGCUGUUUUUCCAAAGAUAAUGUUUUUAUUUUACUGAUAGGCAAAAAGAUAUUUUAAAUUAAAGUUUAAGAUUAGAAUGUUAAAAAGAAAAUCCAAAUAUACGGUUUUAACCCCUAGACCCCUUAUAGUGUUUGGACGAGUGUUGUAGCUAUGUAUGUAAUAAUUUGUUGUGUACUGAGUUGUAGUAUCUAUAAUUGUACAUGUUUGUGUAUUGCAUUCAUUAGUAAAAUUUUAAACAAAUUGUAUUUUUUUAUGUUUGCAUGUAUAAUUUUUAAAUUUAUAAUUGUAUGCAAUAUAAUUAAUAUAUUUUCAUUAUGUAAUAUUAUAUUGUGAAUUUUAUUUAAAAUUACUUUACUGGGUGGACUGAAUAGAACAGCGAUGACCAAUGGAUAUUUAGUCUUAGGAUGACAUCAUUUUAAGCUGAUUAGAUAAGGAAUAAAAUAUUUAUAUAUAUAUAUGUAUAAAUUUACAAUAUCAAUAUGAUUUUAAAAAUAUAAUGGUCAUAUAUAUUGUCAUUUGAUGACCAUCAUAUCACUACCCUAAUCAGUAUCUGCUUAUGAUAUUAGGUAUAUAUAUACCUAAUAUUAUUAUAUUUGAUUAUAUACUCAUUUUAUAUAUUCAAAAUACAAUUUUGAGAUUUCAAUGACUUAAUAGUUGAUAGGUGCUGAGUCCUAAAUGAUGUAUUUAUAAUGGAGGUAACUAAAUAAAAUACAAUUAAAAAAAAUUAAGAACACAUUAUCUUAUUUAAAGUUGUAAAUGACUAACAUUAAUUUUUUAUUUAGUAAUAAAAAUUGUUAACAGACAUUAACAAAUAUUUUACUAAAACAUAAAAACCAAGUGUUACUUAAUCAUAUAAUUAUAAUAUAUACCUAACACAAUUAUUAUCCAUAGAUCAGUAAGUAAAAUUUGUGUAUGACAUUGUUAUAAUAUUAACAUAUUUAUCAUUUGUAAACAAAUUAAUUUUAUUUAUCUAUGCUUUUAAAGUAUUUAUGACACUCCAUUUAACAUUUCAUUAAAAAUUAAUUCACUAAAAAUUUUAAGAUUUAAAAUAAUUAUGAAUAGAAAUUGUUAGGCUUGGUUUUAUUUAUUUUUUACCAGUGAAAAUCACCAAGUGCGAUACACUAAUCAUGGAUAAGUGCCCGAUGACCAAUGGAAAAUUUGACAGAAUGAACUUGGCAAAUGAAAUGGGUAACACAGGAGUGGAAAAUUGGCUUGAAAAAACUUCAAAAUAUCACAGUUUAGAAAUGGCAGAAGAUGAUUAA